AUGGCUGAACAUUUGGAGUUUUUUUUUCAAAACAUAAAUAGAAAUCCAGAAAGCAUUAUAAUAGAAAUUGGCGGCUAUGUUGGUAAUCAUGCGAAGAAACUUGCAAAACAGAAUGUUCAAACAUACGUAGUUGUAGAACCGAUUAAAAAGUAUUAUGACCAACUGACAAGUAAUAUGAAGUCCUAUGGAGGAAAAACUACUUUUCAUUUUUUCAAUUUUGGUUUAGGAAAACAAUACAGCAAAGUGGCAAUUAACGACGAUGACGUCCGAACCUCACUAUUCAAUCUCAACAAAAAUACACCUUCAAAAACUAUUGAUGUAUUUAAUGUCAUUGACUUUUUCGUAUAUUUGGGUGUUGCAUGCGUUGAUGUUCAAUUGUUGAGUAUAAAUUGCGAAGGCUGCGAAUUUGAAGUCAUAGAAGAGUUAGCAACUACAAGUCUGAUAGAAAAAGUUGUCAACAUACAGUUUCAGCCACAUUACGUAUAUACAAAUGUAGGUAAUUUCUCUUGUAGAUAUUGUCGUCUGAUUGAAUUGUUGUCAAGAACUCAUGAACUAUCCUACCGAUUUAAUGUUAUUUGGGAAAUGUGGAGAAAAAAGUAUGGGAUUUGA